CCACCGGCAUUUUGUGCAGCAUUCGAUACCGUAUCACACAUCGGGUUGGUUGCGAUUUCGCGAACACCGCGCCGUGCUCCCCGUCAUCGUUGCCCCAUUAUCUGUACAGUGGUUGCAUAUUGUUCUUCUAUUGUAAUUACCGAUUUUUGGCAAUUCCUCCAACACCCUGCAACACAAAAAUGGCUUUCCGCGCUAUCACUUCACCGGUUGUACGCCGCUUCCUCGAAGCCAACAAUCUUAAGACGCUGCAAAAGCGCGCCGCCUCAAUGGGAGAUUACUAUUCGAGUGCACGCGGCUUUACCAUUGCCGAUAUGAAGAAGAAUCCUGCCGUCCUGCCCUUGGUGUUCAUUAUGACGACGGCCGUUGUCGGAUGCACAAGCUUCAUGCUUUACUGCAGCCAAACCCGCACGGACGUGAGCUUUGACAAGAAAACCUUCCAGUACGACACCAUGGACGUAAUGGAUCCGAAGCAGCGCAAGAUUCUCGUGUUCAAUCAAAAGUAUCUCCCGAACCCGGAGCUGAAGGAUGCCCUUAGCUACCGCGAGGAGUACAACAAGGUGGCGGACAAUUAAAAAAGCAAAUGGAGCAAAACCAGCCAGCAACAACGAACCCUGCGAAGCAUUGACGAACGUCGGACCGGAUAUGUCUGCACCACCAAAACGUGCGGCCACAUUUCCCCUUUCAUCUCACGGGACAGCAUGAAUAGUAUUGGGACAUGUGUGCGCGCAUAUGAAUAAAUCUAACCGAAGCUAGAGAUCCAUUGCCGGGCUCUGCCGUCUCCUCCUCCGGUGUGUGUCUGAUGUUGUUGUUGAGUUGUAUGUGUGUAGCAAAUUAUAUAGAAAUCCGCUUGAAAAAGCUUAACCGUUUCCAGCCGGCAGCAGCAUCCGCGCGAAUGCUCGAUUUGCAUUUAGAACGUUUGUGCAACUGUGCCUCCGUUGCAUGUGCUUGUGCACUCUCGUGGCUGCGCGCACAUUUAUGCCAGUGUCUAUCAAUAUACACCGCGCUGCAAGAGAAAUAAAUAAAUACUAAUCGAUGUUUCAACCCAA